AUGAUGGCAGUAAUACUCCAAGAAGCCAAACAAUCGUGGAACGCGGGCAACACGACGGAACCAAGAGAGAAACGCCAGAGGAGUCGCUCAACGGGGUCACUCGACAGCGUUAACGGCGACGGCGAUGGACGCGGCGACGAGGCGAGAGGCGACGGGCGACGGGCAACGGUGAAAGUGAAGGUGAAGGUGAAGCUCGCGAUGCAAGUUGAAGUUGAAGUCGAAACAAGGAUGAAGAAGUUCCCAGUUAAGGAGGGCGCUAGGCCGCUUCGGGUCUGGGGUAUCACAGGAAGGGAAAGAGAAAGAGAAAGAGAAGAGAUGAGCGUGUCUGGAGAGGUGGUCGAGAGGAUACGGUCCUACGACGCGUCGUGUCGGGAGGUCGAGAAAGAACGCAGCGUGCCACUGACGGCUGCAAACUACGAAGAGCACAGCCGCCAGAUAGAAAAGACCCUCCGCGGUCUACGUGAACAGGUCCAGCGGCAAGAAGAUGCCCUUCGCGAGCUUCGCGCGAGUGCUGGCCCGCUGGAGCUUCCACGUCCAGACCUACAGCCCCAUGAACGGCUGGCACAAACUCGCAGGGCCAUACAAGCAUACAAGUCUCUCCUCUCCGAUAGCAAGCCACAGCUGCCCGCGCCUGACUCGCCGCUGAACGGGCUUCUAGCUCUACGAGAAGCCAAUCGGCUCGUCCGAGAACUCAAAAGUACCAUACCACUAACGGCCCAGGAGCUUGUUCGAGAUCGCGAGAGGCUGAAGGUUGAAGAGGCUAAUUUACGCGACGCAAACGGGAUCACGGCCGAACUCCAGCGAAGAAUCAAGGAAUUGCGUCAACAGAGACGGGAUAACGACGAGUCUGGGGCAAAGCAUGGAGGCAAGAAGUCGAAGCAGGAAUCGAACAGGAUUGCCAAGGAGCUGAUCAGAGAGCAACGGCGCAAGGGCCGUGAGAUAGAAGAGAAAACCGUCGAGCUGAAAGAGGCGCUAAGGGAGUUCGUUGAUGAGCAUCUUGCGCCUAUGCUCGCUGCAGAGGACAUGGGUGGGCCGGUCGUUGGUGAUCAGAUCGAAGUUUCUGACUCCACGCUUGAAAUUGGAUAUACAGCACGAGGGAAGGAAAGAAAGGCAUCCAAGGCCGGUAAUGGCCAGAGUACUGGGAGUAAGAAGCAGCAACAACGCAUAGACGAGCUCCUUCGUCGGGGUAGGAGAAGGAGUGGUGCCCAAGGACGUGAUGGCGGGCACGAGGAAGAAAACGACGAGGAUGGGGAUGAAACAAGGAUUACCAACCCAAGGGAAGCCGCUGCUGAAGAAAUGCACUCCCUUAUAGAAUCCUUACUAAACAUCGCGGCUACGUCAUCGUACAUUGAACUAGACCAGGACUCAGCCGCCUCGAGGUUUUUGGUCAAGGCCAAGAUUGCACAGUUUCAUCCCCGAGACUCACGAAAGCUUCGAUUGAUCGAUGUUGCAAGAGAGAUAGCCGACUAG